GGCAUUGAUGUGAGUUCGUAUGAAACGAUAGAAAUUCUGCACAGUUUUUGCCCUGCUGGCUGUUGCUCUAGAGUGAUACAGCACAAAAUAAGUGGCGAAAUGCUUCCUCGGAAUGCCAGCAGUCUUCAGUGCUGACUUUCUAAUCGUUAGUUCUCCCAAAAUAAAAGCCUCCUGAGGAAAAUAAUUUUGUCUGUGCUUUGAGCUGGUCCAUGAGGAGAGAGGUGGAGUAAAAUGUCUGUGAAAGGCUGGGAUCGUGGCACACAAUGUAUAGCUAAGUGUGAUCACAAAACCUCUAAGAAAGAUGAGCUAUCAUUUCGCAAAGGAGAUAUCCUGACAAUUAUUGAGGUUGUUAAUCAGAAUAAGGGUUUGUUUCGGGCAAAGAAUAACAAGACCCAGGAGGAAGGGCUGAUAUCCAGAAACAAAUUACGUGAGCGUGAAGCCAUUCGGGUCGACCCCAAAAUCAGCCUCAUGCCGUGGUUCCAUGGGAAGAUCAGUGGCGAAGAUGCAGUGAAGGUGCUCCAGCCCGCAGAAGAUGGCCUCUUCCUGGUGCGGGAGUCCAUUCGACAUCCUGGUGACUAUGUGCUUUGUGUGAGCACAAAGGAGGAAGUCAGUCACUAUCGUGUUAUCUAUCAAGACAAUAAAUUAACAAUCGAUGAAGAAAACUAUUUUUACAACCUGAUUGAACUCAUUGAGUAUUAUAUGAAAGAUGCAUCUGGGCUCAUCACGAGGUUAACAAAACCUAAACUUAAGGAGGGCACAAAGUCAGCUGCAGAGGAAUUGUCAAAAGCUGGCUGGCUACUUAAUAUGGAGCAACUUAACAUAGGAGAUCAGAUAGGAGAAGGGGAGUUUGGAGCUGUGUUUCAAGCAGAAUACAUCGGGGAGGAGGUGGCUGUAAAGAACAUCAAAUGCGAUGUCAUGGCUCAGGCCUUCUUGGAGGAAACUUCUGUCAUGACUAAUCUGCAGCACAAGAACCUGGUGAAAUUAUUAGGAGUUAUCGUGGACAAUGGGCUCUACAUCGUGACUGAGUUCAUGAGCAAGGGUAACCUUGUCAACUACUUGAGAACCAGAGGAAGAUCAGUUAUCAAAACAAAAGAGCUGAUCCAAUUUGGGCUUGACGUCUGUGAAGGGAUGGAGUACUUGGAAUCGAAAAAGCUCGUCCACCGAGACUUGGCAGCUCGGAACAUUCUCGUCUCAAAGGAAAACGUUGCCAAAGUGAGUGACUUUGGACUGGCCAAAGGGGUGUCCAGCACUCAGGACCAGGCGAAGCUGCCAGUGAAGUGGACGGCACCAGAAGCACUGAAACAUCACAAAUUCUCCACCAAAUCAGAUGUCUGGAGUUAUGGAAUUCUUCUUUGGGAGCUGUUUUCGUACGGUCGAGCACCCUACCCUAAGCUGUCACUGACCGAUGUGUCAGAAAAAGUGGAGAAGGGGUACCGGAUGGAAUCGCCAGAUAAGUGCCCCACUCCAGUGUACGACAUGAUGAAAUCCUGCUGGGAGUACGAUCCUGGGAAACGUCCUACUUUUAAAAAACUCAAAGACAAACUGGAAAAGGAAGGAAAGAAAGAAUAUGUUUGAAGUAAAGACAAUAUGAAGGACUAUUUGAAAUUGUUAAAUUACCUUAAUAGUUUUUAUUGAACUAACAUUCCAAAAUGGGUUGCUUUCAAGACUGUUGGUUCAACUGAACAAUGAUACAGGAUAAGUAGUUAUUGAUUUUAUGUCUAUAUAUAUUAUAAAAAGAGAUAAAUGAAAAUGCCUUGUGCCUGCUAGAUUCUAGAAUUAACAUGUUGAUGAUUCUCAUGUUUGUUUAAUUGUAUCUUUGUCCUUUGAGAACUUGCUCAAAUUCUCUCUGUGCAGGGCUUAGGAAGACUUUACUCACGUGUGAGAUCAGAAGUUUGGGGACCAGUACGAGAUGCUUAAGCAAGUGUGAGCCCGCAGCUGCAGUGAUUCGCUAAAAACUCUUCACCAGUGGACCCAACUGCCCACUAUGGGCCUGGCAGUCAGCAACCCACCUCUGUUGCUGUUGGCUGGACACCUGUCAUUACAGGUAGCGCCGCACCUUCCUGUUACAGCCAGAAAAGCAGCAGUCUGCGGCAGUCAGUAAUAUAGUGAUCUGUUACAGGUAGCAAUGCACCAGCCUCUCACAUCAGAACUGCACCAGUCUAUAAAAGUAAGCAUUUCACUACCUCAUUAGUAGCCCAACAAAGUCAGUCCCAACCUCAGUCCAUCACAGACAGUACUAACCAAUCUGGUACAGCCCAUUACAGACAUCAUUGAACUAACUACCUUGCUACAACUGACACCCCAACACUGUUAAAGUCGGCACUGUUCCAUUGUUCCAACCCUUUUUGUUUGCAACUGGUCAUUUCAUUACAGUUAUCUAUCCAGUUAUAGGCCACACCACAUUGCUCGGUAGCAGGCACAAAUGUAAAAUCCAAUUAGAGACACAAGAGACCGCAGAAGCUGGAAUCUGGAGCAGCAAGCAAUAUGCUGGAGGAACUCAGUGGUCGAGCAGCAUCUGUGUUGUGGGGGUAGUGGAGAAAUUGUUAAUGUUUCCAGUCAAGUGCCUGCACCCAGACUGAGGAGUCCCAGGCCUCUCAGUCCCCCCCCCCCCCCCGCACCCAUUCUCAGGCUUGAUGAAGGAUUUCAAUGUGAAACGUUGAUAAUUCCUUUCCCCCAACAGAUUCCACAGACUCUGCAUAUUUAGCCAGAGAAUGACGCAUGCCAUCUGCCAAUUGCCUUAACACAGAGCUCUCCAAAUUGCAGGAGCAAGUGGUGCUGACUCUCAUUCCGCAGUGAGGACGUUAUUCUUUAAAUCAACUUUUGCCUUUCAUUUGCAGCCCUAAUUUUUGUUUCUGGAAGUCGUUGACAAAUAUUCCCGACUGCAGUUUGAUGAUCCCGAGCCCAACUUCACUGGGCUCCAUUUCCAUUUUGCUAUCCUGGGCGCCCAGUCAUACAUUCCUGCAUAGUAAUGUCAUUUUCCUAGACCUUUAGUUUCCCUGCCCCUAAACCCAUCCUCACUGUCCCAGAUUUUAGCUUUACUAUCUUAGAUGUCAGCCUAAUUAUUUAUGAACGUAGUGUACAGUAUGUAAAUAAAGGAUGUGUGCACAGAAUGUGCACAAUUAGCCACACAAGCAGGAUAAUUAAUGGAUUCAGUAAAAUGAUUUCUUAUGUUCUA